AUGGAGUCCACACACCCCCAGACCCAAGUUUGCCAUUUGGCUGUAAAUGCCUUCAACGAGAACCAAGAUGUCUUCCCGGAACCUCCUCCCUCGCCCCCACCCGGGGAUCCAAUCUUGACUGCCGAAGACACCAUCUCACUCCAAAACUUCCUCGAGAACCUUUCCUCUGAUCGCUUCAACACACCCUGCUAUGGCGAAGGUCUGAAUUUCACCGACACUUGGCUCGAUCUCCCUCCCCAGCUCGUCGGCUCCACUACCUCGCUCGGCCAACACCCAUCCAUACCAUCGCCUAUCCAGCAAGCUGCUCAUAUGCAAAAUCAUAACCACCAUAUGCUGGGCGACGGCAGCCUCCAUGCGUCGUCCGCUACAGGCAUGAUGGCACCGCCCCCUCCUCCCCCUGCCCACACAUCUUCUCACCACCAUCACUCACACCCUGGUCUACAUCUGGACGCCACACCCGAUGUCGUAGCCGCUGCCGCGCUUCUGCCUCGGAAUGGCCUCAUGAGCCCGAACAACUUUCACUCCCUACCCCUCCACAUGUCUCAGUUCCCUAGCAUGUCAGACCUCAGCCAUGGCUUCAGUAGGCUUGAGCCCGGCGCUGCUAUCGGCCAUAGCCUCUUGCCGGCCGGUUUCGAUGACACUAGCAACGCCGAGCACCAGUUUGCCAGUACGGCGUACACCACACAACCCUCCCCUCCACAGGGUCCUUUAGGCGGAGCCCAACAAGCUUCCGAAAUCCAGUGGGGAUCCGACGCCAGCUUCAACCAACCUCAGGGUUUCGUCCCACACUCGCACAGGGAAACGCACGAGUCCUUGGUGCAGCGCAAGCUGCAGAUGAUGCAGUGCCUCUCUGUCAACCGCAGCGCUGCGACUACACGGCCCUCGAGUCCUACCCACGAUCACGGUUCCCCAUCCGCUGCGCAGCACUUGUCGGCCAACUCCAAUGAGGAAGAUGAGGAGGAGAUGAACGGUGAGGGUCCUCCUCGCAAGCGCCGCAAGAGCCGUAUCGCCAAAGAGGAUGACCCUGCCGACGAUGAUGACGAGGCGGGCCGCCCCGAGGCUGAUGACGAGAAGAGGGACUCGUCCACGGGUGAAGGCCCAGGGCUCGGCAAGGCGGGAGGCAAGAAGGGAACACCUUCGAAGCGCCGCAAGUCGGCCAAUGGAGCCAAGGCGCCGAGGGAAAAUCUCACCGAUCAGCAGAAGCGCGAGAACCACAUCAAGAGCGAGCAGAGGAGGCGCACUGUGAUCAAGGAGGGCUUCGACGAGCUUUGCAUAGUGGUGCCCAACCUUCAAGGCAGCGGUAUCAGCAAGAGUAAUAUUCUCACCGCCGCCGCCGAGUGGCUCGAGGACCUGAGUCGGUUUAACAAGGAGCUCCAUGACCAACUUGCUAGGAUCGCUAUCUAG